AGCCUGAGGUGAUGCUGCUAAUUAUAAGCCAGGAGAGCAGAGCUGCAAGACUAAGGGCGAAGGUAUGCCGGGCACGACGUAAGAGGUGCCUCUCCUCAUGGAUGAGUAAGAAGAAUGAGCUGGAACGGACUGGAAAGAGCUGAACUCUUCGCCAGAGGAUGACGUGCUGUACAGGAUGAGGCCACUCCUCCCGGGAAGGGGAAUAAAAGCCACAGGCGGCAGUGCCGAGGCAGAGUGUUCCCAGCUCACUGGAGACGGGACAGCAGCAGCAGCAGCAGCAGCAGCAGCAGCAGCAGCAGCAGCAGCAGCAGCAACAGCAGCAACAGCAGCAGAGAUGCUUUGCCGCAUGCACCUCGCACCAUUUGCCUCCAGCUCCCUGGCCAGCCGCCUGGGCACAGUGAGGACCCUCUGGCCACACGCAGAGACCAUCUUCACUGAGCUGCAGCAGGAGAUGGAGAAAGCUCGGGAGUUCAUGAGCAGCUUCGAGCAGCUCCUGAGCAGCCAAGGAGCCGCUGUCAUGGAGCGAGCCCCGAGCACCAGCACGACCCUGACCCAGGGCUCCGGCGAGGGCUUCUCCGUCUGCCAAGACGUCAAGAACUUCGCUCCCGAGCAGCUGUCGGUGAAGGUGGUGGGCAGGAAGGUGGUGCUGGUGGGGCAGAAGGAGACGCAGAACGUCGAUGAGAAGGGCUCCUUCUCCUACAAGUACGAGGUGCUGAAGCGGGAGUGGGACGUGCCCGAGGAGGUGGACGCCGAGGCGCUGACCUGCUCCCUGUCCAAGGAGGGGCAGCUCCGCAUCGAGGCCCCCAAGCUGGCCCUGCCGGCCGCCCCGGAGAGGAACGUGCCCAUCCAGGUCAGCCCCGCAGCCCCGCAGCCUGGACCAGCCUCCGAGGAUGGAGCCGCCAACAAAGCCCGGGUGUAAUGGGAAGGGAACCAACGGCCCACGGCGGGACCAGUACAGACAGCAGCAAGUCUCGGGUUUUAGCCCAAACAAGCUCCAUCAGCGAUGAUGUCAUUUUUUUCACUAAACUGGAAUGUUUUUGUAUUCAAUAAAAAUACUUUUGCAU